AUUAUUGUAUGAAAGAUCACUAUACAUUUUCGGUAUGUGCGAACAUUUUUGGGAACCUUUAGCUGAAGUUUAUAUAGCAGAACAGGCGGAGUCCCCUGACCCCGAUUGUUACAUUUAUUGUCUUUGCAGUAGAGUGUUUAUCAGAAAUCCAGAUGUUUAUACCAUCCAAACUGCCGAAGAUGCAAGCGAAAAUGAGGAUGUUGAAAGAGAUUGUGUGGGAGAAAUGUUGGAUAUCUAUAAAAGAACAAACACAGAAAUACAAUCUGUAGAGAAACACGAUGAAGAGCCUGUAAGUUGUUAUUGUAGUGCAUCACAUACAGACAACAAUUAUUCUACGGAUGAACAUGAUUCUGUUCGUGACUCAGCCCAUCGUGUCACAGCACAUAGUCUUACACAAAAAUUAGGUCUACACCAAUCUGAUUCUGGUGCAGAUUUAUCAGAAUAUCAUGAUCAACACGAAGCUAAGAGUAUACAAAAUCUUUUAGCCUCUUAUGGAAAAACUUUUCAUUCAUCUGAGAACGAAGUUGAGAGUGGGUUUGAUAAUGCGGAAGCAUUCAUGAGGUAUCGCGAAAGCAGAGAUUUAGAACUCAAGUCUGAAACAUUAAAUGUUGAUUCUGAAAAUUCUUGUAUCGACGACACGUCAGCCUUAAGCUGUAAUCCCUCUAAUUGCAUAAAAACCAAGUAUCAUACCAAAUCCUCGUCAUUUAUUUUAGGAGAAAAAGAUUCAAUAGCACAACCUUUAUCCUUAAAUAUUACGGCAUUAGAUGAUAUACAAAACUCCAGUAAAAAUGAACAUGAAACUGACCCUUCUAUGCACAAUUAUAAAAAUAGUUCUGAUGAUUAUUCCUAUUCCAAGUACUUCAAAAGUAAUAAAAGUGAAAUGGAUAUGGCUUGGGAAAAGUACUGGUACAAACAUGGGGAACAAUUGAUAUGGUCAUCAUGGAUUGAAAAGUAUGCAGAAUAUAUUAAUCCUGAAUACCUUCAAGACAAUUUACAUUUAAGAGAAGAGGAAAAACUCAAUGAAAUUAAACAAGUUGGUAUAGACAAAUUUUCGGAACAAAAUACGUGUUUCCCUAAUCAAGCGCACAAAAAUUGUGAAAUUGAUCGUUCAGAUUUUGAAGGAAUCUUCAGUAAAAGUAGCAUCAACGAAGAAAAUGAAUCGAAAAAUAAAGAUUCAUCGUACAAUAUUAAUUUUUCAUUCGAAGAUCCAAAUAAACCAAGUGUUAACGAUAAAGAUGCAGAAGAAAAUAGGAAAAAAUUAACAAAUUAUGAAUUGUCACCAGAAGCAGGUGAUGGUUGGAAUCCACUAAGUCCAUUUAGUGCGGAGGAAAGUUAUAAUCAACAUUCUAAUGCAGAAGAUGAAAGACUAUUAACCAGAUGUGAUUCUAUCAAUGGUUCCACAGCAAAGACAAAUGCAACGUCUGAUUCUAUGACAAAUGUCACUAAAAUGACAUUAACCAGUUCUAGUUGUGAUUCCAAUUCUAUUCACUCUUCUAGUCUUAUUAGCUCUGUAACUAGCUCUAUUGAAAGUAACAUAACAUUUAGUAGUUCUGAUCAAGAAAAUGAGUAUGUAUCUGAGGACAAUGAUAAAUAUUGGCAACAUUUAUGGAAAGAAAAUUUUCAAUUAGAAUACCAAAAGCAAUACGAAUUAUUUGUAAUAAGAUAUAAACAAACAGAAAGUCUAAAAACUGAUCAUGUUACUUCAGUUUUUGAGGUUAAUGGUCAAAAUAUAUGGACGCGUGGUAAUAAUAAUCGAUUGGAUGAAGAAAAAUCUGCCGAAAGUAAUAUUGAACAAUUGCAUAAAAUUAUUAAUAUAGAUGAUAAAAAUACAGUAACAAAUACGCCAGCAAAACAAGAAUUAUCAAAUAAAAAAAGAAUGAUCAUAGAAUCAGUUGGUAUGCUCAUGCAAAGUCUAACAAUGAAAUCCGAAGAAGAGGUUAUAGAUCAAAUAAAUAGAACAAGCGAUACAGAAAAAUUAUCAAAGGAAGAUAUAAUGAAUAUAUCUAAUGAAAAAAAUGCGGUUUUAUCAUCUACUAUUGAUAAUGGUGAAUUUAUACAAAAAAUAUCAAGCGAUGAUAACAAAGAUAAGCCAAAUGAGGACAGACCUGCUACACUAAAACGAAGCCAUGAAGCUGAUUACGACGACGUAGGAGAAGGUUUAGAAACAGUAAAGAAAGCUUUUUCAUUAAUGGGUUAUACUUUUAAUGAAAGCCAAAAACAAACAAAGUUACAAGGUGAGGUUGUUUAUAGGAAAAGAAAUAUCAGAUUACAAAAUAGACAAUUAAAAAUGAAAGUUAGUCGCUCUAAACCUAUAAACAAGCACAUUUAUUUUGAUGAUAAUGGAGUUGAAAUCACAAAUACCAUAGACAAGGUACAACGUUAUUUAUCGUAUUGUCCAAUAUUACAGCCUGCAGAAACCGAAACACAAUCUAACGACAAAGGUUCCUAUACUAAAACACAAUUUUCAUCAAGUUCUGACGAAGAGUGCGAUCAUAGUCCUAAAACAAAAUUGCAAGCAAAAAGACUAGUGUUUAAUAAACCAAGUACAAGUUCGUCAGAAUUGAAACAAGAUAAAUCAGUUGAAAAUAUAUUUAAUACUUGGAAAGAUUCUAAUGAAUCAGAUCAAAUUUUUAACGAUACAGUAAUUGAUGAUAUCGUACAAUGUGAAUGCGAUGAAGAAAGCGACUCUGUAAAACCAGUGAUUAAUGAAAGACUUCUUCCUCCAAACGAGGACAAAUUAUCUACUUUAAAUAUUGAUAUGGAUGUUGAUGAAAAAGAGCAUCACACAGAGAUAUUAAAUAUAAAAUUAUCGGACGAAGAUAGUAUAAAAAAAACGUUAAAGAAAAAGAGGAGGAAACAAUCAAAAAGAAGUAUAAGUCUUCCUGCAGAAAUAAAUAAUGACAAAACUUUAAUGAAAUAUUGGAUAAGAAGAUAUCAUCUCUUCAGUAAAUUUGAUCAAGGCAUCAAAUUAGAUCACGAAAGCUGGUUUUCUGUAACUCCAGAGAAGAUAGCAGAGCAUAUAGCGGAAAGAUGCAAAUGUGAUACGAUUAUAGAUGCAUUCUGUGGUGCAGGAGGAAAUGCUAUUCAAUUUGCAUUUACAUGUGAAAGGGUGUUGGCCAUUGAUAUUGAUCCAAUAAAAAUACAACUUGCCCGAAAUAAUGCCCGUAUUUAUGGCGUUGAGGACAGAAUUGAAUUUAUUCUUGGUAAUUUCUUUGAUAUAGCACCAAAAUUAAUAGCCGAUGUUGUCUUUCUAAGUCCACCUUGGGGAGGACCUAGUUAUGUGAAGAACGAAACUUACGAUCUUGAUAAUAUUAUGCAUCCGAUCGGUGGAAUACAUGUAUUUAAAGUAGCAAGAAAGAUCACGGAUCACGUGGCCUACUUUUUACCGAGAAAUGUAGAUACCAUGCAGAUCGCUAUGCUAGCUGGAGCAGGUUCUGGCGUAGAAGUGGAACAAAACUUCCUUGACAGAAAGUUAAUAGCUUUAACGGCUUAUUAUGGUGAAUUACCCAGGGACUGUUAAUUGUGAUAUAACAUGGAAUAUGAA